AUGACGAUGACGACUCAGGCUGACUGUCGGCUUCUUCCCAAUGUUCCAGUGUCGAAUCCGUGGGCGGAUCCAGGACAUGGGAACUUCUGCGAGGUGUUCAGGUGCAGACGCAAGGACACUGGGGCUUACUACGCAGGGAAAUUCGUGACCCUGCGUCGCCUCGGAACAAGCGAAAGCAUCAUCACUUCCGGCGCUUUGCACGAAAUCGCGAUUCUCGACGCUUGUCGUGCGUGUCCUCGCAUGAUCCGCUUGUACGAGAUCUACCAGGAAAAGGACCGAGUCGUCCUCAUCCUCGAAUAUGCGGCAGGAGGUGACUUCCAGUCGGUGCUUGACGAAGACCAGGUCCCGCUUGAGUCGGACGUGGCACGGUUCAUGCGACAAAUCCUGGACGGACUGGGGUACAUGCACGACCGGCAUAUCGUACACAUGGACAUCAAGGCGUUGAACGCAUAUCUAUUGCAAUCCCGCUGA